UGAAACGUCCACAAGAAGGUAGGAUCAGAAUCCCUUUAGGAUGAUUUACAUGGAGACGGGAUGCAGAAGGGUCAGGUGUGCAAAGGAUUUGGAUACAAAAGAUACGGGUGCAGAAGGUGUUACCAACUCCAACAGCAGGAAGAGUUAAGAGAGCAUUAAAGUUGGACACUGUCAAAAAAGAUAAUCCAUCUGAUGCAACACCUCAGAAGGUCAGAAAGAAAAAUCUGAGUUCUUACUCCCCAACAACAGGAACACGCCAGAUGAGUCCCUUUUCAUCCCCUGUGAGCCUCAAGGAACAAAAUCCCAGGAACACCCCAGCAAAAGGAGGUGAGAGAGAGCAGAGCAAUUCCCACACUGGAUUAUCCAGGAGAGGGCAGCCUCCAACAGAGCAGGAUGGGUUCCUGAAACUGCAGUCCCAAGUGAGAAGUUCAUUGGCCAGAAUUCUGAAAAUAAGAGCAAAUCUCACGAGCCUCCAGGCUUUGGAGGGCAGCAGAGAGCUGGAAAAUAUCCUGGGUGUCUCAGACUCCUCUCGUGCCCUGAGUGCUGAAGUGCAGAAAACCCAAACACUGCUGAGUCAAGCAGAAGAGCUGCAGCUGUUGAAAGCAAACCACAGAAAACUCCCUGCCCCAGGGUACAUCCAGACUGUUGGGAGCACCGAGUUCCUGAACUCACUCCUGGAACAAAGCAAGGAGCCCCUGGGCCUGCUCCCUGCCCUCCCCAGUACCCAGGCACUGGCCCAGAGACCAGGAAUGUGACCAGGAUACAGGCAUUAUGUGAAAAAUGCAUUCCACAUCACCCCAAACUUCUACAUCUGCUGGACUGGACUUAAAAGGAGCGAAGAACUGAGUGUAAACCAAUCUCCCCCAGUCCCGGUGCGGGAGCGUCGCUGGCCAGGCAGGUGCAGUCACAUAACAUUCCUGGCGUCCAUUUAAACUGAACAAUGUGCACAACCACAUCAUCCCAAUGGAAAUAAUCCACCAUGCUGGGAGCUGGGGCUGCUGCUGCCGCCUGGGAAAUAAAACUGUAGGUUCUGCAGGUUCUUUUCUAACACGGGGUGGGCUCUAAAGCCAGAGGAAGCUUUGCAGUGCAAGGAAUUGUUCCGUGUUUCAGCUGUUGAGAAACACUUUCCCUGUUGGUGCUGCCAUACUUGGGGACGUUUGUCAUCCACAACCAGGUUUCCUCUAAACUCAACCCAAGCCAAGGCCUCAGCUUCAAACCCAGCAUUAACACACAUGCUCUGGGAACAUUUGCUUUUUAGGUCAACAUUUUAGUUUAGUUUUGGUAUUUAAUGAUAUAAGAGCACAGUUGCUUUAUAUAAACCAGCUGCUUCUCUUUUUUCCACCCCUCCAGCCUAGGGAAUCCCCAAUAUCCCAAAUCCUUUCAUUAGGUUGGAAGAGUGCAGUACAAUGAUCUAUACUUUCUUAAGUUCAACAUAAACACCCACUUGAAUGUCCUUUUUACUCCUGCAAAGUCCAGCUCCUCAAAUAAACUGAUUUUUAUGACUAAAACUCUGAGCACUAAAAUGAUGAACAUGUUCCACACGCUCAAGCUUUGGGAGUUUUUAGUUAAUAAAAAUGGUUUUGCACCUCACUACCUGUGCAGUCCAACUGGGAAAAACAUUAGUAAGUGGUGGAAGGGAACUGGGACAGUUUUUCUCCCUUCCACACCAGUCUCUGUCAGGCUCUCAGAGCUGUGGGUUGUUCUGUGUGUAAGGGGCACCAGCCCGUUGCUCUGUAGCAGGAGGGGAGGAUACUGAACCAGCGAGAGUUUAUGUAACCUGACUGUAACCUCUGGAGCUGGAAAUUAAAUAAUUAUUGAUCUGAGAAGAGCCUGGAACUGACUGUGCUGGUCUAAAUCAAGCUGUUAUGGGCAGUCUUGGGAGAACAUAAAACUUGUACAGGAAAUACCAGAGAAGGUGGUGAUGGGCAAUGAGUUACAGCAUAACUUACACCAUGGCAAUUACUAAAUCUGGUAUUUAGUCAUUUUUUAGGGAAAUAAAGCUGUACAUGAAGACUGUGCUGCACAUGCCCCGCUCACAUGCCUCAGCUAUUUAGGCAGUUACUGUGGCUCUGACCUCCUGCUGUACCAGCUCUUGCCUCUGAAACAGCUGGGGCUGUUAAGAACCAUUUCCAGUUCCACACAAGGUGGAUCGGGUGACUCUCACUUUAUCACCCCCCGAGGCCACCUCAAGGACAAAGAAAAGGGAUACACUCAAAACUAAUGUUUGGCUAUGGGGGGAAGGACAGGCCUGGGCUCCUGCUGGACACACAGACCAGGCUCAUUAAACCCUGAACUGCUUCUGCUUCCCUCCACCUUCAUUUUCCUUGUCACCUUAGAGACCUCCAAGGCUGACAAACUUCAGGCAGCCUUUCCCCCAGCCCUGCUGGGGGGGAGCAUGGUGGGUUUGGGAUUUCACAGCCUCUGGAGACAAAGAUUCCUAUUUUUGUGCCCUGAUACGCAUCAAUGCCACCCGGCCUACACUUCCAAAAAGAAAGGCUGUGCUGUGAGUUGCAGUCACCCCCACAGAAAAUUCUGAAUACUUGUGAAAAUAUUGAAGUUUGUUGGUUUGUAAGAAUUUGUUGAACUGUGCUCACCCCCCAUAUCAUCAGAGUUACUACUCCAGAGCACCGUUUCCACUCUGUUGGAGCUGCCAGGAGCACAGUGUUGGCUCUGGGUACUUUUUCCACAACAAAUAAGGCUGGAAAAACUGCAUAAAUACACUCAGCUCGGAGCCACUCCAUUGACAGGGCUCAUAACUGACACAGUUGGAAGUUCCCAGAACAGCUGAUUCACACACUGACACUAAUGGCAGUGACAGGCUGGAAUGUGACAGCACAGCCAGGGCAGGGGGAAGCCUCUCAACAAGGAUGGGGGGGCUUAUUUUUAAUAUAUAUACAUGCACAG